AAAACGGCCGAUAGCAGCCGAAAUAGCGUGACGUCAUACCGUUUGUUUUCGGAGCUCAUAGUAUAGAGAUGUGCACGAAAAUGGGAUUUAUUUAAUAAUUAAACAUUAAAAUGACUACAAAAAACUGUUAUCGGUCGUGUUUUGUACCCUUGUGCCCAAACCGUGCAAAAAACGCACCUGACAAAGUUUUUGUAAGUGUCCCGGAAGAUGAAUGGUAUUCAGCUUGCUCGCCGAUCAGACAAUCCUUCAAAAUCAAAUUUAUAUUGUUGUCAAGACCAUUUGAACCUUGAAGAAGAUUUAUUAAACUACACGAGGUUUAAGAUUUUUGGCGGAUACUUAAAGUUAAAACCAGAUGCAGUUCCAAGGUUUUUUUCGACUGUCAGCCAGAUAGGAAAAGUGCAAGGACUCCGAAACCACGGUUAGCCUUGAAAAAACUGACUCAUAAAAGAAAUAUUGCAAAGAUGCUUAAUGAAAGUGAAUUAGAUAAGGAAAAUACAGUGAAGAAAAUGAAAGUACAAAAGUCUGAUGUUGGUUGUGCUACGAAUGCCACUUUAUCUCAGUCAAGAUCACCUUUGAGAGAUGCGUCAAAUCACUGUGAUACAUUAAGUACAAAUGAAAACGAAAAUGUGAUCAGUGACUGUGAAUCUAUUCAGAAUGUUUGUAAUUCAACUACGAAUAGGGUUAGUGAAGUUUUCUCAAGACCAAAUGUAACACAUAAAGAUAAAGCCAUCCAACCAAGAAGUUUUUAUCGCAGUAAAUAUGCUCAAUGUGAAAUAAGAAAGCCAGUGGUUGAUUCAAGUUGCUCGCCAAUAAAGAAAACUUUUGUAGAUAAAGCUACUUCACCAAUAGCUAUUCGUUCAAUGCAUUGUGAUAAACCUUGUGAGAAGGUAGCUAAAAUGAUAGUGUACGAAUCCUCAAGUACAUCUGCUGUGAUAACAAGCAGUCAGAGUGAGUACCAGCCUUCAUCAGAUGAAAAAGUAGAAGCGGACAAAGAAGAAAAAAGUAAUAUUCAAAUGAAGUUAAAUAACAUGACAAAUUAUUUAGUACAUGCAAAUCCAAAAAUGCAUCUUGGCAUCGCCAAUGAUUGGUUAUGUGAAUUGAUACGUCCAUCAAGUGUCUCAAGCAAUGAAAAACUAUCUAAAGAAGAAGCCUUGGAAACUAAGAGAAUAGCGAGUUUGAGGAUUCAUAUAGAAAGAGUGAUAAGGCGAUUAAGAGAAUUUUCCAUUUUACAACCUUGCGCUAACUUAAGUAGUAAUUAUAUCAAACAUCUGGACUCGAUGGUGAUUAUAGCAGCAGCAUUAAGUAAACUACAAAGUCCUAUUAUUAAAACUUAAAAUGCAAAUACUCUAUUUAUAUUUUUCACGAAUGUAAUAUCACUGUAAUCAAUAAAAUUGUUUUAUAUUCUGUGAUACAUGAAUGAAUAAAUAAAUAAACAAUUUUCUUAAAAUUAAUUUUUUAUUUUACCAUAUUGUGUAUUGUCGAAUGGCGAUGGCGCCACCCGAAAGUAAGCCGCCUGACAAGGCUGAUAUAAAUUUUUACAAGUGCCAUAAAAAUAAAAAAGUUUCAAUUGUGAUGUGUUUUAUUUGUGGUGGUGUGUAUGAUAAGAGUUUUGAAAGAUUGAAUAACACAAAAUUCAUUGGAGAAAAUAUGGUAAUUUGCCCUGAACACAAUGCCAUAACCUCAAACUACGAUGAGUCCACACUAAAUGAAGAUACAAGAAAGUAAUUGCACAGUUAAGAUUAAGUAUGAUAAACGAAAUAAGAGAAAUGGUAUUAAAUGAAUUAGAAGAAGAUAAUACCUCCAGUGCCAGUCAGCAGGAUGAGGAUGAAGCAAAAGAUAUACAUAAUCUAAAGAAAGAAAACAAGUUACUAAAAUUAUUAAACAUUGAAUUACAAGAUAAAAACUCAUUACUCAAAGAACAUCUGAAUCAUGUUAAACAAGUUAAGAACAAGUCUUUUUCCCAAGUUCUUACUGAUGAAAUUCCUAAACAAAAACGAAUUCCCAAAAUCAUUAUAAAAAACAAAAAUAGAGAUGAUGGUAAUGACCUGAAGAGAAAUGUCACUCAUUAUUUGAACAAAGAAAAAUCAAUUCAAACAAAGAAAGUGAUAUUCAAGAAUGAUAGUGAAGUUAUUAUUAGCUGCAUGAAUGAAGCAAGUGCUAUUGAUACCGAAAAAUCGCUAACUAAGAAAUUAUCCAAUACAUGUACUAUUGAAAAGGAAGAGGUUAAAAAACCCAGGCUAAAAGUAGUCGGAUUUGAUAACUAUGAACAAAUGGACAUAAAAACUAUAGAAGAGGAUAUAAAUACUAGAAACUUUAAGAAAUUUGAAAGUAAAUGUACAGUUGUGCACACGUACGUAAAUAAAAAAACAAAAGUACAAAGUGUCAUUUUAGAAGUUACUGCUGAAAUAUACAAACACAUUAGAGAAAGCAAAAACAGGAUUUUUGUAGGAUACCAGAAUUGCAGAGUUUAUGAUGACUUAAACCUACAACCUUAUUUCAAUUGUGGUAGGUUUGGGCAUAAUGGAAAUAAAUGCUUUAAUGAAAAGGUGUGUUUGAAAUGUGCUGGAUCUCAUAAUAGUGUAUACUGUAACAGGAUAAAUGAAAUGUGCUGCGUAAAUUGCCUAUACGGUAACAAUACGUACAAAAUACAGUAUGAUACUAAGCAUGUUACAAACGAUAGUCAACACUGCCAAGUUCUGAUAAACAGAAUUAAUAAGUAUAUAGCAAUUACUGACUAUCCAUUGACUCCAGUUAUCCAGAGAUACAUCGGUAAGAUAGAUAUCUACAAAAACACCGGAGCUGAAUCAACAAAUGCAAGACAGAAAUCACAAUCCAUGACGUCACUAUCACUACGCAGCAGUAUUCUUUCAAUCCCAAGGAAAACCGACGACGCUAAAAAACGGUAAUACGAUCAUGGAGCAGAACAUCGAGUUAAUUGACAGUGUACAAAAAGAUAUAAUUCAAACAGAAAAUACUUUUCAUAGUGUUAUCACUCUCAAUAAUUACGUGAAAUAUAGAAAAGAAUAUAUUUUAUACUUAAAUAUUCGUAGCCUUAAUGGUAAUUUUUUACAACUGCAAGCACUUAUUGAGAGCUUAAAUACUAAGCCUAGUAUUAUAGUUUGCGUCGAAACUUGGAUCAUAGAUUAUUGCAACUAUUUUAAUCUGAACGGAUACAUAUUAUAUUACAAUAAUAGCAAAAUAAACGAAUCGGAUGGUGUAGUGAUG